GUACCUCCAUCCCAAGUAGAGAGAAGCAGCAGACUUUGAACCAGCCUGAGACCCUCCACAUCUCACCAUGCUCUGCUUUCUGCUAUUACCACUGUUCGCGGUGUCUUCAGCGGACCGGCUGCCCCGCAGCUGCGGCACCUGCGACCCGAGUCAGUGCGCUCCGCUGCCGGCCGAGGGCUGCUCAUCAGGGGCGCUGUUGGACGCGUGCGGCUGCUGCGAGCUCUGCGCGUCUGGAGCGGGAGAGCCGUGCGGGGGACGCGGACCCUCGGCCAAGCGCUGCGCGUCCGGACUCGAGUGCGUCAAGAGCGACAAAGACAAGAAGACUAAAUCAGGGGUCUGCGUGUGCAAGGGCAACUAUCCCGUGUGCGGCACUGAUGGCGUCAACUAUAACAGCGGCUGUGAGCUCAAAGAAGCGAGUGUGAAAGCAGUGAAGGAGAACAAACCCGAGAUUAAGAUUCACAACAAGGGCAAAUGCGCUCAAGGACCGGUUAUAGUGACAGCUCCUGGCGAGGUCUGGAACGUGACCGGUUCACAGGUCUUCCUAAGCUGUGAAGCCACUGGGAUACCAACACCUGUGCUCACCUGGAGAAAGGUAUCUGACAGCAAAGGCAAGUAUGUGCCGCUCCCAGGAGACAAAGACAACCUGGCCGUCCAGACCCGUGGAGGCCCGGAAAAACAUGAGGUUACUGGCUGGGUGCUAAUAUCUCCUCUUACCAAGAAUGAGGAGGGCUCCUACGAGUGUCACGCCAGCAACAUCAAGGGCGAAGCUUCGGCUGUGGGCAUCAUCCACGUGGUGGAUUCCAUCAAUGACAUUCCUUCCAAGAAGGUGAAGGAUAGCGAGCUGUAAGAGGACGUGGACUCUGACUGAGAUGAUGAAUCGCACUACGUCUGUGCACUGAGGACAAGCACGUAGCAUCUAGUGUAAUCACUGCUCACACACACACACACCGCCUGAACCACAAACAGCAACUUGCACGUGGGCACUUUAUUCUAUAGAAGUUGUUCAGGCACACUCGCAAAAAAAACAGACCCAGACAUUUCUCCUUUUGUAUUCUUUAACUCACUCUACAAUCUCUGUCCGCAGAACAACUUCGAUACUGUAAAGCGCCAAUCGGGACGACCAUCAGAUUGACUUUCUAAGAAAUACUCUCGCUCAUACACGUGAAUACAUAUCUCCAUGCAAACAUUCAGGCAUGAACACUGAAUGCAUUUGAGGCACUCAAAUAUCUCGUCUUCACUUAUAUGCAUGCUUUGCGUGUUUUUGGGGAUACAAAUAUUGUAUAAUUUCUUUAGUUUUCUAUUUUGUUUUUGAUUGACGUAUA